AUGGAGCCUCGCUUCCCAGAGAGUUUGAAGGGUUUCCCAGCUGCUGAAUCUAUGAGAGAGAUGCAGCUGCAGGGUCUGGUGCCCGACACUCACCGCUUCCUGCGGCUCCUGGCCAAGUUGGGCAACGCCUUGAGUGGACCGAGCUCCGUCGAGGACUCGGCGGGUCGCCUCUUCGCGGCCAUCGGUUGGAUGGAGCAGGUCAGCGACUGGGCGAGUCGCCUUUGGGGGUCGACUUUGAACGUGGCCCGCGCCUAUUGCUCGGCGGUGUGCAUCUUCCAUCGGAGGGGCUUUCCGGAGCUGUGCCUGCGUGCCCUCGAAGAGCUGCGACAAAGGGGUCUGGAAGUGCCGAUCUGCAUCUUGGCCCUUGCGGUGGAUGUUUGUUUGCAAGAUGGGCGCUACCUGCAAGCCAAAGAGCUUUAUGUCGAGGCCCAGCAGAGCUUGAGCCAAAAGCUCGAAGCAAGAGCUGGCGAUGCGUGGAUGACUGGGGAUGACAUCGAGAACACCAACGAGGAUUAUGAUUUGGACGACGCGCACGACGUUCAGCAGGAAGAUGAGCCUGCCGUCAAAGGGCUCCAUGCGACAGCGAACGGGAAGGCGAACGCGGUGGAGGAGGAGACCUCGCUGCGCACCGAUGGGAUGCCCAGCUGGCUGAGCCCUCGUGAGGGCCACUGGAUCGCGCUUUUGGCGUGCCAUGUCACAGUGCUCAAUCACUUGGCGCCUUUGCCACCAAGUCAUUGGAUGGACACCUGGUUUUUCACCGUCGGACCUUGCAAACGCAUGGAACGCCGCCGUGCAGCCCUGGGACUCAGUGCCCUGGACGUGCUCCGAGACGCACUUUCACUGGUGCAGACACUGGGAACGCAGCUCUGA